UGACGACACUUGACAGGGCUCGCGACUAGCUACAAAAACGUCACCGGUCGGCUAACGGUGACACGUCUGCGGUGAAUGGAAGUCGACGGUGACAUAAAUUUGCAGUUAGGAGAAAACAAACAGGAGGAGUUCAUGUGAAUGUUUUAUUUUUUUUUGGUGAUGUUUCACCUCAAAUCCCUAGUUAGCCGAGACGUUAGCUAGCUAGCUGGCUGACUGGCUGGUUAGCUGGGGCUUGUCAGCUCGCACCACCAGUCAUGGAGUUGAACAAAUGCGUGUCCUUGUGGAUAUUUUGCCUGUGUCUCGCUGGAGAAAGUUGGAGUGAGAAGACGAGCUCGCCCUCGUCGGACAGUCCAGGUGAAAGUGGGGUUCCAGAUUUUUGUCGCAUCGAUGACUCACUGUGCAAGGAUGAGAACGCCCUUCUCAGCUUUGAGGCUAUCCGUAGUAUCCACAAGCAGAUGGACGAUGACGCAAACGGCAAUGUAGACGUGUCGGAGACGGACGGCUUCCUGAGAGAAGAUCUUAACUAUCAUGACCCAAAGGCCAAGCAUAACACCUUCCAUGGGGAUGACCAGUUCAUCAGUGUGGAGGACUUGUGGAAUGCGUGGAAGGGCUCUGAAGUAUAUAACUGGACAGUGGACGAGGUGGUUGAGUGGCUCAUCACAUAUGUGGAGCUGCCACAAUACGUGGAAGCAUUUCGCAAGAUGAGUUUUAAUGGCAGCGCCAUGUCAAGGCUCGCCGUGAAGAACACCACGCUGACUCUCUCUAUUCUCAAGAUAUUGGAUCGCAGCCACGUGCAAAAGUUGCAGCUGAAAGCCCUGGACACUGUACUGUUUGGAGCUCCCAUGAUGAAUAGACAUAACCACCUGAAGGACUUCAUGCUGGUAGUGUCAAUUGUCAUAGGCAUGGGUGGUUGCUGGUUUGCUUACAUCCAGAAACGCUACUCCAAGGACCACAUGAAGAAGAUGAUGACCGACCUGGAGGGGCUGCAGAGAGCUGAGCAGAGUCUGCAUGACCUGCAACAGAAGCUGCAGAUCGCCCAGGAAGAGCACCGCACGGUGGAGGUGGAGAAGGUGACCCUGGAGCAGAAGCUUAGGGAUGAGAUCAACGCAGCCAAGCAGGAGGCCCAUCGACUGCGAGAGCUGCGUGAGGGCACGGAGAACGAACUGAGUCGCCAGAAGUACGCAGAAGAAGAGCUGGACCAGGUGCGGAUGGCAUUGAAGAAAGCUGAGAAGGAGCUGGAGUCACGGACCAGCUGGUCGCCGCCGGACUCUCUCCAGAAGUGGCUGCAGCUCACCCAUGAGGUGGAAGUGCAGUACUACAACAUCAAGAAGCAAAACGCUGAGCGCUCGCUCCUGAUUGCCAAAGAAGGGGCAGAGAAGAUAAAGAAAAAGAGGAACACUCUCUUCGGGACUUUCCAUGUGGCUCACAGCUCCUCCCUGGAUGACGUGGACCACAAAAUACUGUCGGCAAAACAAGCCCUGGGUGAGGUGACGGCUGCGUUGCGGGAGAGGCUUCAUCGUUGGCAGCAGAUAGAGAUGCUCACCGGCUUCACCAUCGUCAACAACCCAGGCCUUCCUUCCCUGGCCUCCGCCCUCAACCUUGACUCCACCUUUUCGGGCGGCAGAGCAACACCUCAGCACUUCAUCAUGUCCGACGACAUGGACGACAUGGACGAGGACAUGGUGCCCGGAACUCUGCAAUCUCCCAGUAUGAUGUCCCUGCGCCAACGCUACAUUGACCCCCAGCUGGCCAUGGGCUCCCAGAGGUGUGUAGAGAGUGGUCUGUCACCAGGGCAGCAGGGCGAGGGAUCCCCAUACCCAUCCCGGUCUCGGGCCGCCCUCAGACAAGCGCGUAGCCAGUCGUUUGGGCAGCUCGACUGCCUCCCUCUGCCCCCUCUGUCCUCGGCCGUGUCUCAUCCCUCUAUCAUCUGUACCAGCAUCCCAACCCCCCAGUCCCUGUCCUCCUUCUCUUCCUCCUGUUUACCCAGCUCUGUGGGUGGUUGCACAGCCCCUCAUUCCUCCCAUUUAUAUCACGCCUCUUUCCAGCCCAUGGACCCCAUUCCUGAUUUCACCUUCUCAGAUGUCUCCAAAGCUCAGUCCUCGUGCGGCGACGGCCUCGGGGACCUGAACCGCUCCGACUCUGAAUCCUCCCUGUCACUCUCCCAAGUCGGGGAUCGGCUGUCAGCCUACAGCUCCAAAGGCCACCUGAUCAAGCCCACUUCUCUCAUGCACGGCCUGUCCGGUCGCUCGGAGGACGCCCUCUCACUGCACGCUCACACCCCGAACGGAGGGAACCGCGUCCACGAGAUCAGUCCCGUCGAGCCCGCCUCCGACAGCCCGGUUCUCGUGAAGAAGGUGUACAGCAUGGAGGAGUCCCCCAGCCUGGGAGAGAUCAACAGUCUGUCAGAGUCGUCCCGCUCCUUCAGCCCCAACUCCACCGAACCGGACACACCGUCACCUACAGGAGGUCAACUGGGGGCCGCAGGGCCAAAGGUCAACAGCCGCAUCCCGCAGCUGUCCUCCAAGAAGAGCCCCCUGGAGGAGGACAGCGGCUCAACGGGAGAAGAAACAGAUUCCACUGCCAGCCGCAAGAAACACACCUUCAAGAUCUUCAAGAAGCAGAGGAAAUAAGGGCUACAUGUACUGCAGGCUGUCAGAGCUGUCGGACUGAAUUCCUCUGGUCGGUUCUUGGGGAGAAGAAAUAGGUUUUGGUAGUUUUUGUGGUUCGUUGAUGGUGAAACGUCUUCACCAUUUGUUGCCGUUGCAUCUUAGUGUAGGUACGACACCUACUGUGAGAAACUGUGGGAGCAAGCAGCUGUUGAGUUUAAUCUGCUUCUUUGGUCAAUGUUGGUUAUGCGGGGAUUGGGUAGAUUUGUACAUUGGAAUGUAAAGUAUUAUUUAUUCUGCAGGAACUUGUGCCAGUCUCAAAGAAAAACUGGUUUCCCAGUAGGUUUUUCUUUCUUGUUCUACAAUCUAUAACAUUUUGCAUGUCUUCACUUUUGUUUGAUUGAUACUCGAAUGCUCUUAGUGUUUGCUUGGUUCUCGUCGUCAAUCCGCUUUGAUCCUCGAUGUUUCCUUUAUUGCGACCUAACCACCUUACCUACGAAUCCAAAGUGAAUGCGCACUCCUUUAUUUCCACUGAGUACUUUGUUCUUAUUGACGGUUACAACUUUUCCUGUCCUUUGUUGUGUCUUCUUGGCAGAGCAAGCGGCUCAUUCAGCUUUCUGUUAUGGCCUGUGUGUGGUCUCAGACAUCUCCGACAAGAAUAUAUAUUCUCACAUUUCUCUUUAGGCUGUCAGAAAAAGUGUUAACUGUCGUUUGGAUUAACAUCAGAGUAUUAAUAACUUGCAGCUCUUGGAUCGCACCCAAGAGCAGGACACCGUUGUCCACAAGAGAAAGUUGGACGAGACGUUAAUCUCCCUGCACUGUUACAAAAGGAUCGUUUUGCAGGGUAAGGAAAUGCUUUGCUGAAAUGUCAAGGUUCACCCCUGAUAGUUGUUUGGUCCCGAAGGCUGAGUCUCCGACUUUUGUGUACGUAUUAUUAAGUGUUUGAAUUUCCUGGUUCAAAUGACGAGCUUGGAUGUAGGUAUCCUUUUGUCCCUGGGCAGAAAUGUUACCAAAUUUUUUUUAAACUGAAUUACCAAAAGGUUAAACAGAAAAUCUACCAAUAAAAACCAAGAUCUUUAUUAAAGACCUUAACACAAAAUACUUGAAGCAUGUUUUUAGCCACAACUAUUAAAUAAACAAAAGUCUUUGUGUUUUUAGGAUAAUCUUAAAAUACAAAUCGAAUCCAACAUUUCCCUAUAUAAUUAGAAUUUAGAAUUUAUUUUGUUACUCUGGUUUAGUGAUUAUUCUGGUGGAUGAUAUAAAAAUGGGGGGGGGGUUGGGCGCUGGUAAGGGCUAAAUUACAAGGCAUAAUAAUAAGAUUUGCUCUGUAUGUGAUAGAAAUUCUCACGUGGUAUCUCUGUGAUCCACCUUCUCCAGUGCAGACGAUCAAUCACGUCGAUGUGCCAAAUCUCUGUCUGUCAGUGGCCUUGUAUUUCGUAGUGUGUCGGGCCACGCCCCCUUUACACAGAACACACGACCACCUGAUCGUCAUAUCCCGUUUCUCCUGAGGUCAGACGCUGAAUGUCUGUGACGGUGUCCCCCCCCCGGGGACGCUAUGUUUACAUUUGUUACAGGGACGAUUCUGCUUCUCAGAUUAGGGCAGCGUGAGGAACAUUGUGCCGGUUUUGAUAUCGACAGCUUCUUGUAUACGAGCACAGAAACUAUGCAUCAGUAGUCGUAGGUGAGUUACUUCAGUAGUGCGGACACCAGUAGACUUAGGGUGCUCCUGAUCAACAGACUACCAAAAAGUGCUGCAGAAAACAGUCGGCCUACCCCAGCCUCACAAUGUAACAGGUGGUUAGGAUGUACAAGACGAAAUAUUUUAUUUAAAGAAACCAAGUAAAAAGAAAAUAAUCAAUUUCCUAAUGGUUCUUUUUUAAAACGUGUCGAUUGAAGCUUCUUUUGCACGACAGCUGUAAAUGGAUUAUACCAUCUGAAUGUGUGUGUGAGUGAGUGUGUGUCCGUCUGCACCCAGUACACUGCACCGUAUUGUUGAUGCAUGUCAACUGCUAUAACUAAACCUAUAUCGGGUUAGAAGAGUGGAUCAGCCUAGGCUCUUUACUUCCCACCACACUUUCCUUUUCUCUGUCUUCAUCUUGAGCUUCUAUUUAUGGAAACAUACACGAUAUAUUUGUACAGAGAACAUGAUCAUUUUGCAUCUUCUGUGAUGGUCUCAACUUUUAUGGAACUUCUGCAUGACAGCAAUAAACUAUUUUGAAUGAAA